UUAGACACGAACGGCUCCUCGAUCAUCAUGGCAACCCUUAGGUUCAAUACAAUCGACAGUACGGAAUACAGAUACUUUCCUAUAACAAAGAAGAAAAUUCGACUGAGCGUAGCGGCAGCCCAUGACGCAAGAAUAGCGCUAAGAAAUCAUCUGGGAGAGGACUCAAAUGUUUACGAGAUAGUCAUCGGAGGAUGGGGCAACAAAAUGUCAGCUAUAAAGAGGAACAACUCAGAGCCAGACGUUGUCGAGGCAGAAACAGAAAAUAUAUUGAGUAGUGAGGCGCAGAGUCGUUUCUGCAUCAAGUGGUGGUGCGAUGGGCUUCUGGAAGUAAUUUGUCAUGACUUUGGCGAUGUCCGAAUGACUUACAAAGACGACGAACCGUUUGUCGUUAACUUCAUAGGGUUCAGCACGGCAUGGGGCUCGAGGGGAGAGUGGAUCGUUGAGCACUAUACCGCCUCUCUACCCGCCGUACGUACACAGUUAGCUGCGACAUGCAAUUAUUGGAUAGAUUGCAAUUCUGACGAAGGAUUGCCCAGGAAUGCGAUAAGCGCUUCGGACGACGGACUCUACAUAGGCCGAGCUCGGCACAGUAACACCGUAACGCCAGGCAGUGUCCGAGGAAGAAUAUGCAGCCUAGCAUGGGGUGGAUCGACGCAUCAUAAAAAAGAGUUCCAAGUUCUGUGCCAUCCCAAUGUGGGCUGGGUCAGAAGCUGGCAGGGAUCGGUACCUCUGUACGCGUUACCCGGAGGUGAAACGGAGGACAGUUAUGCUCUGUUUGUCGGCAGAGUGCUCCACGAGAAUAUAUACUACGUAGGAAAGAUACAACCUAAUCAUCAGGUCUGCUAUAUACCUCUGAACGGAGGUGAGGUUGCUUUUACGGAAUACGAGGUGCUCGUUAUUGACGAAGAUGCGAUAGAGUAUGUCGGCAGAUAACAAAGCGGAAUACACUUGAAGGAAAAUGUGGUGAAUGGAAAAUAUUUUGCUGCGUAUAUUUUACAGGGGCUAGUAUCUCGGAGGUUUUUCAAUUUCUCUAGCAUCGUAGAUCACUGCUUGGCGAUAGUUGAGAAAGAAACUUUUAAUUUCCUUUUUGGCUAAUUUUUUUUUCAUCCAAUAUUUAAACGAAGAAUUUAAUCGUUUGACUAUUGCAGUUUUCUUUGAGUGUUUUGAAAAAUUUUCGUUACCGUAUGUGUUACAAACACGUAAAGAGGAUCUCAAAGGAUAGCGGUCUCAUUGCAGUGCUUUGAUAAUUUAUCUGGGGAUUCGAUUCUACCAACCGAUUGAAAGUGAAAUUAGUAUAUUGUGUAACAAGUAGGCAAAUUUGGUUCUUGAGGGCGAAGC